AUGAGUGGCUGUAUAUUACGUUUGAUAUAUGCCUACUUCAUCGGUGGUAUCACAUUUAUUCCAAUUUGUUGUAUAUUGUUGUUCCUUUAUUUUAAUUCAAGAGUAUCAAAUAAGCAGAGAGUUGAAAGUGACGAUGAUAAUGAUUUUUCUUUACUCGUUAAUAUAUGUUCAGGAUUUAAGGCCGGUGAAUUAGAGGAAUUACAAAAUGUUCAGGUGGAAAUGGAUGGGUAUAUGUAUGUCACUAAUCAAUACUACUAUCAUUCUAGUGAAUUAAUUGAAAACCCAACUUUAUCUCAAUCUCAAUCAUCUUCAUUUUCAGGUUCUACAAACAAGGAUACUAAUUCAAAUGAUUCUAUAUUUAAUGGAGAUAACAAUGAUAAUCAAAUGAUUUUGGCCAGAUCACAAUUGAAAUCAAAACAAAAAUUUUAUGUUACUUUAAAGCACGGCAACUUAUUUCUGUAUAAGGAUAUAAAUGAUGAUAAUACUAAUAAUAAAAAUGACUUAUUGCAUGCUAUAUCCCUUGAAAAUUGUUUUGUGACGAUAUGGCCAAGAAAGUAUUAUGAUACGUUUGAUAAAAAAUAUCACCUUUUAACGGAUGGUCAAUUAUUUACAAAGAGAACCUGUAUUGCUAUAUUUAAAAAGGACUCAGUUAAAUUAGAGGAUUCAUCCGGCAAAAGUGUGAGGAAUUAUGAUGAUAUUUUACAAUUUAAUGUCAAUUUAAAUAGGGAUAUAAAUGGUGCAAUGAACCCAAAUGAUAUUUCUACCUUAAAUGGAGAGAAAGUUUCUUCUGAUCAACUAUUUAUUAACGGAUCUAAUCAAUUUUUUCUUUAUUUCGAUAAUAAUAUGGAUAAAGAAGAAUGGUAUUUUAAAUUAAUUAAUGCAUGUAAAAAUAAUAAAAAACUAGAUAAUACUUCAUUUCUGAAUCCAUCAAUAUCUGCAAGAACUGCGCAUUUAAACACACAUGAUAUUUUGAUGCUAAUACAAAAUUUGAAUUCUACUGAAGGUCAGUUACAGAGCAAAUGGUUUAAUGCAUUACUAGGUAGAAUUUUUUUAUCUCUACAACAAACAGAUACACUGAACAAGUUUAUCUGGGAUAAAAUUUAUAAAAAAUUGUUGAAAAUCAAUAAACCAGGAUUCUUAGAUGAUUUUAUUAUUGAAAAAGUUGAUGUAGGUAACAGCAUUCCUUUUAUCACAAAUCCAAAAUUGAUUGAAUUGACACCUGAGGGAUCUACUAAGAUAGGUUUUGAUUUGAUCUAUAAUGGGAAUUUGAAGAUUAUUAUCUCUACUAAAGUUAAUAUUAAUCUUGGUUCGAGGUUUAAAUCAAGAGAAGUAACACUAAAAAUAUCAGUUGAGGUGAAAAAAUUAAUCGGUCCACUAAUGAUACUAAUGAAACCACCACCAUCAAACAGAUUGUGGUAUGCAUUCCAAAAACAACCUAUCAUGGAUCUUGAUAUUGAGCCAAUUGUCAGUUCCAGUAAAUUGUCAUACACCGUCAUCACCAAUGCCAUUAAAUCUAAAUUUGCAGAUGCUAUAAAGGAAUCAUUAGUAGUUCCUUAUAUGGAUGAUAUUGUUAUAUAUAACACGGAAAAUGAGUUAUAUAGAGGUGGUAUCUGGGAUCAUUCUUUAUCUAAUGAUAAUGAAAUAACUAAUAGCAAGAAUAAGAAGGUCCCUACGUCAAAAGAAUAUAUUAAAUUAAAGCGUGAAAGCAAGCUUAAAUCUUCCAUGUUAAAAGAAGAUCCUGCAAGAAGAUUUUUAUCUUAUUCUCAAGUAGAAAGUAAAGCAUCAUCAGCCUCUAAUGAUGCACAGAAGUCGGAUGAUCAUGUAUCUUUAUCCUCAGGAGAAAAAUUUGAUAAUGGUGAUAAUAAUGGUAACAAUGACACCAGCAAAUCUGUUGAUUCAACUCUUAUAGAUAAUCUAUCUGCCUCCAAGGGGAAGAAAUUGUUUAAGAAUUCAAUUAAUAAGAUUAAUAAAUGGUAUAAAGAAAAUGUGGGUAAUUCCUCAGAUAUUGAUGAAAAUGAAGUUGAUUAUUCAUCGAAUAAUAAUGAAUCACAAUAUAAUGAUUUUAGUUAUGGUAUUAAUGGUAAUACUAAUAAAGCAUCAUCUGAGGUUACUGGAUCAAAAAUUAGUCCCACGAUGAUCAUAAAUAGAAGAACAACAAUAUCAAAAUUAUCAGAUAAUGAGGUACAUAAGAGAACCACAGACAUGUUAAAUUCGGGAAUAUCAUUUGAUAAUAACGAUCCUACAGUGCAACUAAGAAGAAAACAAACUGCAAAUAUAUCGGGAUUAACAUUAAAAACUCCUGAACUGCCUGCACAAGAGAUGUUUAUUAAUAAAACUGUUAUGUCACCAUUAAAAACAGAUCAAAGAUUAAAUAAUGGUAAAAAUAAUGGUAACAACUCAAAUUUAAUUCAAAAUCAAUUUAUUGAAUAA